AUGCCUCAACUCUUCCCUACCAACCCCUCGGAACUGAUGGUUAUCCGCAAUGUAACACCGAACGUUAUCACUAUGAGCCUGCCAUUCGCACGAUUCGGCAUUAUGCGAUUCGGUGGUCGGGGAACGUUAGUCAAGUUAGCCACGGGCUCCCUCGCCGUCUUCUCCCCCGUCAGCCUCACACCAGAGGUGCGCGCAAAAGUCGAUUCUCUGGGUGGCAACGUCCGGUAUAUCGCCGCGCCCGAUCUCCAACACCACCUUCACAUCACGGCAUGGAAGAAGGCUUUCCCGUCGGCACAAAUAUUGGCACCCGAGGGCCUUUGGGAGAAGCGCCAGUCGAACGCAGAUUUCCGAGACACCCAGUUCGAGCACGUGUGGAAAAAGGAUGCGGAACCUCCGACGAUCUCGGCAGAGUGGGACGCUGAGUUUGAAACCGAAUAUGUACAUGGCCAUGGCUCGCGCGAGCUCGUUUUCCUGCACAAGCCUUCGCGCACGGUCAUUGAGGCCGAUAUGCUCUUCAACCUGCCCGCCACGGAACAAUACUCCAAGACCGAGGAUCGGGAGCCACUUAACCUUGCGACCAAGAUGGUUCUGCCUUUCCUAUCUACAAAGGCCGAUCCUGCUACCGCCCAGCGAUGUUUUGCCUGGUACGUCCUGUCACCUCACGACCGCGACGCCUUCACCACCUCCGUUCGCCGAAUCAUGCGGUGGGAUUUCGACAGGAUGAUUCCGUGCCAUGGAGAUGUCAUCGAGACCAAUGCCCGGUCCGUGUUCCAGAACGUGAUGGCUUGGUUCUUGAAAGAGGAUCAGAAGCAUGUCUGA